AUGGCUUCACGACCUGGUUCCCCGUCAAAUCGCCCUCUCUCACCAAAAACCCCUCCAUCCUCUCCGGUCGCAGGGCCCUCUUGCCCUCCUCCCAGCCCCUCUGAGGGGGCGCCCCUCGAAUCAACUCCACUUCUAGAUGGUGCCCAAGACAUUGACAUUUCCGUCCCCCCAUCUACUGCCCCCUCAGUUGUCUCUACUGCCAGCAUUCGAGUCAUCACCUACCGGCCAAGAGUUCUCGUCCUCAUGUUGGUUGUACACUAUAUCGUUGUGUGCGUCCUGGUCUACAUCCUAUACCGUUUCCUUGGCGGGUUCAACUCUGCCUGCAAAGAUCCUCCUGGAUGUUCUGGUCCAGCUCAGGCUCAAGAUUAA